AAGAAAGGGGGUUGGUAAACUUUCUCUUUUCAGGAACAAGCUGCUGGUUGAAAUCAGAAGACAGCAAAUUGAAUAAAUUAGCAUUUCCACUAUGGGACUGGAUACAAAUAUUACACAGAUUGAUUUAAAGUGCUUUACAUUGAAAAUAAAGCUCUUUUUGCUUAUCUUGCCUUGUAAUCUAUUUCAUGGUUUUUUAUGCCAAACUCAAGGAACCUUUUUAAUUUUUUUCUUUGGUGGCAUUCAAAGGAAGACCAGAGGAUGAAAAUCCUGUACUUUCUUUCUAUACUGCUUUGGCACUUUAGUUGGUUUUAUCUGGUUUUCAUUUCCUUAAUCCUGAAUCCUGCUGAAGCAAGUCAAGGUAACCAAGGGUUCAAAUUAGGACUGUCUAAAGUAGAUGGAAAAGAGAGGCAUCCAUUGCCAAGGACAGGUACUUUUAGAACGGGAAGCCAUGAAUAUAAUGCUGGCAAUUUCAAGUCUAGGACAAGAAGUAAUAUUGCUCAAGCUGGAGCUCUCUUGGCAAAGACUGACGAUUCAAAGAAGACUCUGUCUAAAGCAGGGAGUACAGACAAACAUGUAGGACGUACUUCAAAUAAACAGCCAGGAAUAAGGACGGUGACUCCAAAGGCUCAGAAUUUUGGCCCUAAAGCCCCAUUGAAAAAAUCUGGCACAGGGACUUCAGAUAGUUCCUACAAAACCAAAACAAUUAAAGAACCUAUUAUCCAAAGGGAAUCUAAAGAGGCAUUCAGACAUCCUGCUGUCACACCACAUGAAUAUAUGCUUGCCUUAUACCGAGCUCUUUCUGAUGUCGAAUGGAAAGGUAUCAAUGGAAGUAUGAAACUGGAGAUGGGACUUGCCAAUACAAUUACAAGCUUCAUAGACAAGGGACAAGAUGAUCAAGCUCCAGUUAAAAAGCAAAAAUACAUUUUUGAUAUCAGUGCUUUAGAGAAAGAUGGUUUACUAGGGGCAGAAUUGCGGAUUUUAAGGAACAAAACUGAUAUCUGGAAGCCUCAUUCUCCUGAGAAAACCUGUCAAGUGAAGCUAUUCAGUUGCUCUACAAACAGGCAAGCAUCCAUUCUCUUGGAGUCUCGAACAGUCAACAUGUUAGACAGAGCAAAAUGGGAAGUGUUUGACAUUUGGAAAUCGUUUAGGAACUUUAAAAACUUUGCUAACUUGUGUUUUGAACUGGAGGCUUUUGAAAGGGGGAGGCCUGUUGAUUUAAGGAUUGUGGGAUUUAAUAGAACAGGGAGGCAAGUCAAUGAAAAGGCUCUUUUUUUAGUAUUUGGUAGAACAAAGAAAAGAGACUUGUUCUUCAAUGAAAUAAAAGCCAGAUCUGGCCAAGAUGACAAAACUGUUUAUGAAUACCUAUUCAGUCAAAGAAGAAAGAGAAGGGCUCCUCUAGCAACUCGACAGGGAAACAGGCCAAACAAGAAUUUGAAGGCAAGGUGUAGCAAAAAACUACUCCAUGUGAAUUUUAAGGAUAUGGGUUGGGAUGACUGGAUAAUAGCUCCUCUUGAAUAUGAAGCAUAUCAUUGUGAAGGACUUUGUGAAUUUCCUCUUCGGUCUCAUCUCGAACCCACCAAUCAUGCUGUUAUCCAAACAUUAAUGAACUCUAUGGAUCCAGAAUCAACACCUCCCACUUGUUGUGUUCCAACAAGGCUGAGUCCUAUUAGUAUUUUGUUUAUUGAUUCUGCUAAUAAUGUAGUUUAUAAACAAUAUGAAGAUAUGGUGGUAGAGUCAUGUGGCUGUAGGUAGCAGCACAGUACAAUGCUUUUCCAGUGGCUUAAAAAAAAAGACAAAUACAGUAUUCUGAUUCUAUAGAUCAGCAUAAUAAAAUCACCCAAAGUCAUCUAUGCUGACAAUAGUGACAGUGGCAUUUUAAUGUUGGCAAGCCUGUUUAUUACAAUCUUACCAAGGAUUCUAUCAAUGUAUAACGUACAAUUUUCAAAGCAGCAAAUGUAGUAGCCUGGUGUCACAUGGUUAAAUUGUUCCUAGUCAUACUAGUUAUAUCUCUACAAUAUUCCAUGGGCCACAUCUACAGAUACUUGCUACUAGCAAUAUAGCAACACAAAUAUUUGUGGGAUGUAUGUCCUCAAACAGCUCAUUACAUUAAACCAUAAGUCAAGUUGUUGCCAUCAGUGUAGUAGUACUGUCACGCUGUACCUUGAACAAGUGAGUGGUUCAAGUAUGUUUCCAAGUAGACAGAAUAGCUUGACAAAAUGAGCAGCGUGAAAAAUAGGCUGCAGUGCCAUUGCUUUUGCAUCCUGUAAUUUGUCAUGUUUUAAUAUUAUCUGUUACUGCCUAAGUCAGUGCUGGCCCAAUACAUUUUGCUGCCUGAUACACAGUAUUGAAUAAUGAUUCCACACCUUAGAAGGUUUGCUGCAUCAUUUAGACUUCAGUUUUGCCUUGAUUUAUCUCCCCUGAAGCAGAUUUCUUCACUUUGCUGCAAGGUAAGAGCCAGAUCUGCUUCAGCCACCCAAAUACACUUCAAUGGCACGUACAUUUUCACACGAUGAACACUUUUGACUCAGUAAAGACAUUGGCAAAUAGGGCUCCAAUGGACCUGUUUAUUUUCUUCUGGCACAAUGUUAAAGUUUCAAUAAAAAUAAACCAUUUCACAGACUAAUCUUCUAGAUCCAUUAUUGUCCAAUGUAUUUAUCUUUUAUUUGCUUGGAAAAAAAACUAUUUCUACAAAACAUAAUAAUUAACAGUAACAAAUAGUUUAAGAAACAUUUCAUAUACUGUACUUAGAACUAUAUAUUUGCAACAGUUAUUCAACAGAAUGCUGACUUGAUUUUAAACUGUACACAUUAUAUGUGGAAUUGCAGAAUUGCAAGGACAUACUGUAUGUUUAUUUCAGUGUAUAUUAUUUCUAUUUUAUCUUUUUUUAAAAUGUUCAACUGUUUAAGGUUAUGUUCAGUGUUUUGCUUAUAAAUCAUGCUGCACUC